GAAAGUGCUUAGGUAGCAAUGUCAGGCCGGGGCAAAGGCGGGAAGGGUCUGGGCAAAGGGGGCGCCAAGCGCCACCGCAAGGUGCUGCGCGACAACAUCCAGGGCAUCACCAAGCCCGCCAUCCGGCGGCUGGCCCGGCGCGGCGGCGUCAAGCGCAUCUCCGGUCUCAUCUACGAGGAGACCCGCGGGGUGCUCAAGGUGUUCCUGGAGAACGUGAUCCGGGACGCCGUCACCUACACGGAGCACGCCAAGCGCAAGACGGUCACGGCCAUGGACGUGGUGUACGCGCUCAAGCGCCAGGGCCGCACUCUCUACGGCUUCGGGGGUUAAGUCUUCGUCCCCAUUUUUUCUGCAUAAAGGUCCUUUUCAGGGCCGCCCA